CAAACUUACUACAAGUGAGCUUGCUCGGGUCCAUUGCGCCGCUGCUUGGAAACGAUAGAGGCAGUGUGCCUUUAGAUGCCGAUAGCGGGGUGGCGUGGACGGCGGCUGUUUAUGCUGUUUUGUCUGGGACGUGGUGAACAUUUCCGUCAGCGGUCUAUAAAACAAGUUACAGGUGCCGCAGUUGUCAAUUCACUUUUGGUCAUACUACUGUUUAAUGAAAGAACAUUCUAAUAUAUAAAUAACCAGGCAAAGGCGUAUCUCAUGUGCCGCAGAAUGUAUUCAGUGGGAUCUUCAGCAUUUGGUCUGGGUAUUGUGGCGUGGCUUGUGGUUGUAACAACUGGACAGGACUGCCCACCGGUCAGCUGUCCACCUAGUGCCGAUAUCAACCAGCGUGUGAAUGUCCUUGCAGCUUCUUAUUCCAACGUGGCCUUGUUGUUGGAGCGGUUAGAGAGGGAAGUCCGUCAACUGAGCACCGCUAUAGGAAAUCCAGAUUCCCCACGUGUUGCGUUCUCGGCAGCACUUGAACAUUCAAGGGUCGUUAAAACAAGCGAUGUCUUGAAUUUUGAAAAGGUUAUCACUAACGUUGGUAAUGCAUACAACGCAAUGUCGGGACGAUUCACUUGCCCGUUUUCCGGCAGCUACUUCUUUACGGCAACGAUUUCAACGUCAACAACCGGGGAACGAAUUGCGGCCGAACUGCGCAGAAGCACACAGCCCGAUGCUUUUCUGAUGUAUGUCCUUGCUGCGAGCCACGAUGAUCAUAACACUGGGUCCAAUUCGGUAAUCACCAGGUGUGAGAAAGGGGAGACUGUCCACCUCCAGGCGAUUCACGUGACAGGCCCAACUCCGACUCUCUGGUAUGCCUGGUCUACAUUUUCCGGAUACCUGAUUGGAUGAAAAUAUAUUGAAGCCUUCCUUUCGUACUUCAUUUUGCCUGAUGUGAAAAUUCAUGAGCUUGCAAUCCUUAAACAGUAACAGAUAUUUAGAAUUGUUGGAUUAAUUUUUCCUAUUCACUGUUUCUGCACCUUUAAAGCCAGCUGAGACUUUUUUAUUUCACCUUCAUUGCUUAGAAGAACUCUCAAGUUCUCCUCCGUAUUAGCAGUAUUGCUACUAGGACAGCUCAGAAAUCAGAUGUUUGUGCAUGCGCAAUAAAUGUGCUUUAUUAAAUGAACAAAAUGGCGAAAUUGACAAGGCCUGCAUAUCUUUACCGCAUGUUUGUUUUUAUUUGAUUUAUGGUGUCGUUUGAAAAGUAAAUUGGUUUGGGAUCGCUUAGUGUAUGUUGGCUCUUCAGUGUAUUAAAGCAAUUCGUAUAAACAUCAGUCUU